UCCCCAGUCUGCACCGUCGCUCGUCGCCGUUGUGUGUUCCUGCAGCAUCCGAGCAUCGGUUUGGACUGCAUGCCGUGAGGGAAACACGGGGGGCUUUGGCUUGUUUGGCUUUGGUUUUCCGCAGGGUCGAGCAGCAGCAGCACUCCCAUCUGCGUGGUCAUUUCGUCCCCUUAGAACGGAUGUUUCAAUGUGGUGUUGAUGGUGCUGUGAAGGGGGUCGUCUGAUCUUGGCUAGUGUGCGCGGCCCGUAGCAUCACUGCGGCCGUCUAAAGAGAUACUGGCACAGAGAGCAAGCGACUGCGUCCGUCCUUUCCCUUGGUAUCGACCGUGAAUGGACCUGCGCUUGCUCUGAUUUUCUGCAGUCACUUUCCAGUCGUUUCAGGAAGAAGAUGGCGGACAGGGCUGAGAUGUUCUCCCUUUCUACCUUCCACUCCCUUUCACCACCCGGUUGCAGGCCGUCCCACGACAUCAGUCUUGAGGAGUUUGACGAUGAAGACCUCUCUGAAAUCACAGACGACUGCGGGAUCGGACUCAACUACGACUCGGAUCCGUACGAGAAAGACUGUCUGAUUCUGGAGAAGAACGAGAUGCACCACCCCAUGUGCUCCUUCCAGGACGACUUCCAGGAGUUUGAGAUGAUUGACGACGAGGAUGAGGAAGAGGACGAUGAGGACGGCGACGAGGACGAGGAAGAGCUGGAUCCAGACGGGCCUCCGUCCCCGUCCGCCUCCCCUCCCGACUCCCCCACCCUCGACACCCAGAAGAGCCGCCCCACCACGCUGAACCUCACCACGGCCGGGUCACAGGAUUCGUUAAACAACAACAGCAGCCUAUCCCCAAAGAAAGGCAGCUGGCAGGACUCAAUACGUAAUCCUAUUCAGCAAGGUCGUCUGUCUCCAAACCACUCUUGUCUGGAUGACGGCAUCCACGUGACGGGCCAGUGCCCAGCCACUCCGGUGUCCCAGGCACCAGGGCCACAGAGCAAAGGUACUCCCCCAAAACAGACAGGGGAGGGCAGGCUCAGCCAGUCUCCUCACAGGCCCCUUCUCUGCGACGUGGAGGGCAACAGGCGCGAGAGGCCUGAAUACGGUUCAUUUGGCCAGCAUCAAUCCAACACCUGUCCAGGUGACGUCUCCAAGACCUCCCCUGAGCCUCUGAACAGGACGUCCCGGGUCCCCUCCGUCGACGAGAACUCUCAGUGUUCCGACACAGAGGUCGACCGCGACCUCAUCAACGACCACAAUCACAAACACCUCAACCGGCGCACCACGGACACCUACACGGUCACCAGCGAAUCAGGGAUGGAGCCGGAGAACGACCUGGACCCGGAUGCAACCAGCCACUGUUUGUCGUCCACCGCGCCCAUCGGAGGCAACGACGGCGCAGACACGCCCCUGUCGGACGAAGAGCUGGACAAAGACUUUGAGGUGGAGUUCAUGUGUAAGGAGACCUACGACCUGGUGUGUAAGGAGAACCACCGCUCCUCGUACGUGGAGUUCCCCUGCAUUGAGCCCUUCGAGUCCGCCGCCUUCUCCAGCUACAUCUCCACUGACCACCCCGAUGCCCUCGACCCGUCCAACGGCGCUGCGCACGACGAUGCUGCGGCCAAUGACUCCACCUCCCCGUCCUCAGACCCUGGGAUAGCAGACAUGAACACAAAGCGGGGCUACGUCACGGACCAAGACCAGGACCUGAGCUCGCCGGCUUCGGACUCUGACGUCGAAGGGGAGCUGGAGGCCGCGUUUGUCUGCGGGGGCCAUUUGGUUUCCAACAUGAUCUCUUCCAUCUCAGAGACGGAACUGGACCUUACCAGCGACGACAGCAGCAGCGGACGUUCAUCACACCUCACGAACUCCAUCGAAGAGGCCAGCUCCCCCACGUCGGACCAGGAACUGGACCCCGACACCGAGCUCGAGCAGGACAGCGGCAUCGUGGGGAUGAAGGCCUCGCUUCUUCUCGGGCAGCAUGAUCCGAUCAAAGUUGGGUAUCCUCUAUCGUCUUCCUCGCCCCUGCCCUCCCCUACCUUGGCUACCCCUUCUCCGGUGGACUCACCCAUCGAGCCCCUAGGGUCCUAUGACGACGGCGAGGCUCUGGGUGAGGAGGACCUGCAGUUUGAGCACCACGCAGACCCAGAUGAGACCCUCCCCACAGCCCAGCGGUCUGAGGACAGCUUCUCCAGGGAGAUGGUGCUAGAAAUAGAGCCAGACCAUAGCCUCGAGAGCUUCAAGCGCUCUUUCUAUCUGCCUGUUGGCCCCAGACUCAUGCCAAGCACGGACGACUAUGGCACCAGUGAAGGAGACUCCGAUUCAGAGAGCGAAGACGAGCUGAGUGAGAAUUCUGACUCACCGUGGUUGCUUAGCAACCUCGUCAACAAGAUGAUCUCAGAGGGCUCUUACCCAAUCAGCUGCCCGGAAGAAUGCUUCAAGAGGAAACUUUCAGUAUCCGACACCAUCUCUCCAUCCUCAGACAUAGACGAGGAUGACGACAGAAGGAAUCAAGCAGGAAAGGCGGGGUUACAGGAAGGAGGUAAAGCAAGUGAAGGUCUAAGAGACUAUGUCACGCAGGCAGAAGAAAGGGGGAAGAACACCAAGCCUGGUCUACACGCAAGCGGUCACACUGGUAGCAGUGGAGAUGUGGACUUAAGCACCAGCAAUGCCAGGGAAACGACAAGAGGCUCCAUCUAUAACCAUUGCUCAAAAGACUCUGACAAGAACCUCGCCAUGAAGUGGUCCAAAAAUGACAGGAGACAAGAGGAACGGGGUGAGGAGGACGUCCCAGAACCGAACAAUGACCUCAUGAUGCACGAGGGACAGAAAGAGCUGGACUCCCCUAGUCUGACCGAGAGUGUGAUCAGUGACAAGGACGAGGGACGAGAGACGGACCCAAAGCCCACGGGUCGCAGUUCUGCCUCCCUGGAGCGCAUCACCGAAGUGAAACAGGGCUUGACCCUUGACAUCCCGACGGCCCAAACCAACCGAUGCUUCAGCCUCAGUUACUCCACAGAUAACGACGAAGAGGACGUUGAUGAAGACUCUUCCCCGUUCCUUACCGAUUUGAGGAAGCAGAGCGCCUUCGGGGGGAGCAACCUGUAUCUGGACAGUUCCCCUCCCAUCGACGAGAGCGUGCAGAACCGCCCCUUUUCAGACCAGGACCUGUGCGACAAAGCUCUGGCUCAGCGGCAGCAGUCAGAUGAUGAUGGACUGGCCUACGACUCCAUGAAGUACACACUUGUUGUGGAUGAGAACACCACACUGGAGCUGGUCAGCCUCAGAAGGUGCACCUCUGUUCUGAGCGACGACAGCGAGCUGUCCACGCUGUGUGACGAGGAGCCACUCGGGACGGGCGAGGCCGCCUACGGACUCAGGGACGAAGAAGUGCGGGCGGAACUCCUGAGCUCUUCUGAGGACUCCUCUCCGGAAGCGGACCUGCCCUUCUCCAAGAAGUUCCUCAAUGUGUUCGUCAACAGCACGUCCCGCUCCUCCAGCACUGAAUCCUUUGGACUUUUCUCCUGCACAAUCAAUGGAGAGGACAGGGACCAGACACACAGGGCUGUGUACAGGUUUAUUCCCAGACAUGCGGAUGAACUUGAGCUGGACGUGGAUGACCCCCUGUAUGUCGAGGAGGAGGAGGAUGACUACUGGUAUAGAGGAUACAACAUGCGGACAGGGGAACGAGGCAUAUUCCCUGCCUUCUACGCUCAUGAGGUCAUUGGCCAGUCGAAGGAGACAUCAGGUGUGAAGAGAAAUCCAGCGUGGAUUGAGACUUUCAACGUCCAGUUCCUGGGGUCGGUUGAAGUACCUCAUCACCAAGGCAACGGCAUUCUCUGUGCUGCAAUGCAGAAGAUUGCCAUUUCGAGAAAGAGGACGGUGCAUGUGCGGCCUCCGUCUCUGUGUGAGCUGGAGAUCAGCCUGCAGGGAGUCAAGCUGAUCAUGAGCCUGGAGGAUGAGUAUGACACGCUGGACGAGUUUGACAGGUGUAGUCACUUCUUCCAGAUGAAGAACAUCUCCUUCUGUGGAUGCCACCCUAAGAACAACUGUUACUUUGGCUUCAUCACUAAGCACCCGAUGCUGAACAGGUUCGCCUGCCAUGUGUUCGUAUCCCAGGAGUCGAUGCGGCGUGUAGCAGAGUGCGUUGGGAAAGCCUUCCAGGAGUACUACCAGGAGCACCUGGAGUAUGCCUGCCCCACAGAGGACAUCUACCUGGAGUAGGCCGGUGUACCACAGCAUCCCCCUUACCGCGCUUCACUGGAUAUAAUCCUCACUGUAAAAUACCGCCACCCCCCCCCCCCCCCCCCCGCCCUCCUCCGCAAACCUGGGAAGGUUCAUUUGAUUUCUACAGUAUGCAAGACCACUGGACUGAUUACGCACAUAUACUCAUCUGUUUAUUUUCCAUCAUCUUGACGGAUGGAUUGCUUGUUUCUCUCAUCCUUUUCUAUUAUAUGAAACGAAGAAUCUGAGCACCUUUUUAAUUUGUAGAUUUACCUUCCAUUUGGAAACAACAUACGAGUAAUGUAACCUACUAAGGCUGUUUCAUCUCUCUGUGCAUGUUAAGUAGGUUUAAUGCACAGACACGGCCAAUCCUACACUCACAAAACGCAAAAGACAGACAAACAGAAAUCAUCUCCACAAAAUGGUGUAGGAUUGAUUCGUUGGCAGUUGGUGAACUGUAAAUAUGUAAUUGUUCAAUACUGAAGAACUGCUAGUUUGAUUUCUACUCGUGGUGACAUUGGAGCAAUGUGGAGGGAAAUACAGUGAGCUGUCUUUUGUCUGAGGUUUUGUGUGCAUAUGACAUCUCGUGUAUGUUGUAAAUAUAUGUAUAGAAGGUAGAACCAUUGGUUAUGCAGGUAUCACUCGUAACAAAUAGGAAGAGAAGGGAAGGGUGGAGGGAGAGAUAUUAUUAUAAAUGGCGUAAAGCGUAGCCGAAGGAUUUGAGACGUCAUGAUAUAACAAACAAGAAGUAUUUAGCGGCCACUGCGGUUGUCAUCCGUUGUAUGAACAGAGGCUGUUACGCUAAACAUUAGCAUUGUUAAGAAAAGCAGACUCUAACCCGUUAUGAUAAAUGAAAUGACAACUGUCUUUAUCCUUUCACCUGUAAGUGAAUCAUACUGGAAACCCAGUCAGGCCGUCGACUUCAAACUGGAAGCAAAUGAUCAAAUCCUCAAUCCUUCGACGGCUACUCCUUUGUUUCGUCCUGUUCUGCUAUGUUUGAUCAAUUGCUUUCAAGCCCAUGAAUCACACACCCGCUCAAACUGUGCUUACUUUGGCAGGCAAAGUUGACUUUUUUCAUCAUGGGAAACUUUGCUGAGAAUUGCAAUGUUUGGUAGACUCAGUAAUCCAUAGGCCAGAGACCAUGUGUUGCGCAAUUCAUUGUGACGUUCAGGUAAAAUAAAUACAUAUGGAAGCCAUAUUACCACUGACCAUGUCGGACUCUUCUACAGAGCACAUGCGAUCGACUUGUUCAGCAAGACUGUAGGCCUACCAGCUCCACUAGUGGAGGGCCAUGUGUGUAGUAGUCCAAGUGUGAUGGUUUUUAAGACUUAUAAUGUGAUGCCAUACCCCCAAAAGGUGAUUAUUUAUUGGAUGUGAGUGAGUUUGUUCCUUUUAACAUAAUCGUUGUCUACCCCUCAUUCAUUGUUGUAUGCAAUACACACAAAUCAAUGAUUUGGGGUGGCUAAUUCGUAUUGAACUAGGUCCAAUGCAUUGUGCCUGCUAACAGGAAUGUCAUGGGUUCAUUAAAGUUAUAGUCAAUAGAUAAACAUGUUCUGUUGGACUCAAAUUCCAAGCCAUUGUUGCCCUCUGUGACCAUUUUAAGAAAGAUUAGCUGAGACAGUUGGACCGGCGAGAAGGAGUUGGCGUUAUGUGUUAUUUACAUGUGUCAGUUAGAUUAUGUACAUAUGGAUAGUGAAUCGAAAAGAUAGUGCUGUGUCAUUUAUGUUAACUAUGUUAUUGAAAUAAAUAUGUACAUUACUUAGAAAAUAAUUUAGAAAAAUUGGAAAAGCAACAAAAAAAGGAAGUGCAAGAGAAAGACAAAUAUGAAAACGUAUGUGAUCUGCAAUCAUUUGAGUUCAGUGUCAUGUGUCCAUGCAGCAUUUAUUAAUACAGUGUCCGUCACAAGGGCUGUGUUUUCAGUACCUGGUAAUUCCAAAUCUCUAUUGUAUAACAUGACCACAUAAAUACUGAACAAUGUGCUGUUAGAGAGCUGCUUUAGGAUAACCAUGAUUGCAUUCUGCCAAUUAUAGCUAGCGCUGUCAAGCUCGGAACACACGCCUCUUCUCUGAUCUGAACCUCUUUGUUUCGAGUUUCUUUUUAUGUUUCACAGUGCAGCUGAGUGGCACUGUUGUGUUACAUAGCUAUGUAAGCUAGCCUCUGAGAAACACUGGCAUAACCUCUCUAAGACCCACAUUACAAUAACAGUUAUACCAAACAUUUGACUUUAUUACAUGUACACAAAUUCUUCACUGUAUACCUGCGGAAAAUCAGUAUGUGACAGAACAAACAUAUCCCAUCUUGUAUCUUUAAAAAAAACAAGGACUUGUAAAAUUGAAAGUUAAAAAAAUGACAAAAAACACAUUGCCAUGUCAUGGGUUUGGUUCUAAUGAAUAAAAUAUAUGCUUGAUG